AUGGAAAAACUUCCGGCUGAACUCAUGCUUACGGUCUUCGCCUUCGCCUGCACCGACGGCGGACGGACAGGCUGUGCGCUUUCACUCGUAUCCAAACAUAUCCGCGAAGUCUCGCGUCCGCUCCGUUUCUACUCCAUCGCCCUGGUCAGGUCCCCGCGCAAGCUCCAGCUUCUCGUCAAUCGACUUGAGGACGAACAGGCCAUGCUCGGACCAUGUGGUACCAAGCCCAGGGCCCGUCACCUCUUCCUCGUGACCGCCGGUAUAGAGGAGAGGUUAGAGGAGCUAGCGCUGUUACUCGACGGGCUCCCCAGACCCGACCCGCCCUCUUCUCCGGAAGGGUCCAUCUUUCGGACCAAACACAAUAACGAUACAAAGGCGGUCCAUUCGCAGCCUUGCCAGCCUUUCCGGUUGCAGGACCAGGAGCUUUCUCUCGGCCUAGUCGAUGCACUCAUCCGCGCCGUGGCGGCCGACCUCGAAACCCUCACCAUUCUGCAGGGGGAAGAGACUCUGCCGGCCGACGUGACGUUCCCCCAACUGCGGGAGCUCACCGUCAUCGAUGGGGGGAGGCAUCUCAUCGACUUCGCCGACAGCACUGGUAGCCAUCCACUCUUCCCCGCGGUGAGGCGUCUACAUCUCAUUGUGGAGGCGCCCUGGGUGCAAUUGGAGCGUGGCGGGGAUCCCGGAGGAGCGAUGAUGGACCUCAGCAAGUGGACAAAGCACGCGCCUUCCGUGGCGCACCUUCGCAUAUCCGAGCUGGCAAGUCCGUAUGUUGACAUCGUCAAGGCUGUAUACGUUGGCGAUCCGUCCUCUGGCCGUUCGGACGCGGGCCGACUACCGUUCAAGCAUUUGCAACAGGUCGUCAUCCAGCCGGAAGCGCCACCAAGUCUGGGCUGGUGUGGGAACCCGCUCAUGAACUACCUUCGAUUCGUGACAUCCCUAUGGCGGUCCCAAGCGCAGGCUGCAGUGCCCCUAUACAUCGUACCACCUGCGAAAGGUCGAGGGCCAGUAAGCAAACGAUGGACGCAACAGGCACGGGAGGAAUGGGGCGCACAGGUCGAGGGCCGACUAGGCGGUUGGGAGAACCCGUCAGAGGAAUACGCACAUCUCAGCCAGCGAGGGGACAGUCCUCCGAAGUACCUGACUCCGUGGAAGUAG